CAUUCCAUCCCCUCGCCGGUAUCGUCACCUUCACCACCCCUACGGAAUCCUCCCCUCCGUGCCCUCUCUUCCCGUCGGCGGCGGCGGCGGCGGCGGCUCCCGUUCCGUACGUGUUCCCUGUUUUCUAGCUUCUAUGGGGGCAAUCACCUCGGCCGAGCUCAACUUCCUCAUCUUCCGCUACCUCCAGGAGUCCGGUUUUGUUCAUGCCGCAUUCACAUUAGGGUAUGAAGCAGGGAUCCACAAGGGUGGGAUUGAUGGAAAUCUAAUUCCACCUGGUGCUCUUAUCACUAUCGUGCAGAAAGGCCUCCAAUACAUAGAACUGGAAGCAAAUACUGAUGAAAAUGAUGAAGAUAUUGCGAAGGAUUUUGCCCUUCUUGAACCUCUUGAAAUAAUCACAAAAAAUGUUGAAGAGUUGCAACAGAUUGUGAAGAAAAGAAAAAGGGAGAAGUUUCAAAGUGAUCGUGACAAGGACAAGGGAAAAGAAAAGGAACGCAUGGAGGAGCAUGAACGACACCCUGGGGGUGAACGGGAGAAGGAGCGCCAUGACAAAGAAAAAGAGCUAGAGAGGGACAAGGACAGAGCUGAAAGAGACAGGGAACAAGACAAAGAGAAAGAAAAGCAGUACACAGACCGUAUUGAUAAGGGUAACCCUGAAGAAGAUUCUCUUGCUGGUGGAGGUCCAACACCAAUGGAAAUAAGUACAACUGCUCAUGAAAUUUCUAGUGCUGAUGUGACUGUUUUGGAAGGACACAGUUCAGAGGUUUUUGCUUGUGCAUGGAGCCCAGCUGGUUCCCUUCUAGCUUCUGGGUCAGGAGACUCAACAGCUAGAAUCUGGACAAUUUCGGAUGGUCCAUGUGGUUCCAUUGCACAAUCAUCUCCUCCAUGUGUUCAUGUUUUGAAACACUUUAAGGGUCGAACUAACGAGAAGAGCAAGGAUGUCACCACACUUGACUGGAAUGGGGAGGGAACACUGUUGGCUACUGGCUCCUAUGAUGGGCAGGCAAGAAUAUGGAGUAGGGAUGGAGACUUGAAGCAGACUUUGUUCAAACACAAGGGACCUAUAUUUUCCUUGAAAUGGAACAAGAAAGGAGAUUUUCUCCUGAGUGGAAGCGUUGAUAAAACUGCUAUUGUGUGGGAUACAAAGACAUGGGAGUGUAAGCAACAAUUUGAAUUUCAUUCAGCUCCAACACUUGAUGUUGAUUGGAGAAACAAUAAUUCUUUUGCAACAUGCUCAACUGAUAAUAUGAUCUAUGUUUGCAAGAUUGGGGAUCAGCGCCCAGUUAAAUCAUUCAGCGGUCAUCAGAGUGAAGUUAAUGCUAUCAAGUGGGAUCCAACAGGUUCACUGCUGGCCUCAUGUUCGGAUGAUUGGACUGCUAAGAUAUGGAGCAUGAAGCAGGAUAAAUGUGUGUAUGAUUUUAAGGAGCAUACCAAGGAAAUAUACACUAUUAGAUGGAGCCCAACAGGACCAGGAACAAAUAAUCCCAACCAACAGUUGCUUUUGGCAAGUGCAUCUUUUGAUUCAACUAUCAAGCUAUGGGAAGUUGAGCAAGGUCGCCUUCUGUACAGCUUGGCUGGCCAUAGGCAACCUGUGUAUUCCGUUGCAUUUAGCCCUGGUGGUGAGUACUUAGCAAGUGGUUCCCUUGAUCAAUGCCUACACAUAUGGUCCGUUAAAGAAGGGAGAAUCUUGAAGACGUACAGAGGGAGCGGUGGCAUUUUUGAGGUGUGCUGGAAUAAAGAAGGCAGCAAGAUUGCAGCAUGUUUCUCGAACAACACAGUCUGCAUCAUGGAUUUCAGGAUGUAGUUUCACCCGGUGGAUGGAUGAACACAACCAUCUCAAGCUGCUUGGCUAUCUGUUCUUUCUUGAUGUUCUUCCUUGAUCAUGUGAGGAUGAACGUGAUUUGUUACCUUAACUCUAGGUCUUAGGUACUUUUAUAGUUUACCAGUGCUUGUACAGUUUUUUCCCCUUGCGGAGAAACUGACCAUAGGAUAGUUAUGUGGUAGUGCGAAAUCUUACCAACAUCAUGUCGUCGCAACGCUCAUGGUAUUUAGCAGUAUGUCAAACAAUUGUAUAUUAAUACCUCCAUUUCAUAUUAUAAAAUAUUGAGGUUUUUCUUCGGUUUAUAUGAAUGUUAAUGA